AUGGUGACGGAUCGGCGGCAAAAACGGCAGGCAACUCGUGGAGGCGUGGUCCGGGCGGGGACCCCCAAACGGCGGACUCACCUGGAAAGCCACCAGACCAGGCGUCAGGACCCCGGCAACUCCCUGUGGGAUGAGGAAGUGACCCCGCCGGCACCACCAGAGAGGUACGACAUCCCAGCCAGAUCUGGUCACGGAGCCAAGAACCCCGAAGCAGUCCGAUUACAGGAGGGAGCGUCGGGGAAAAGCUGGCAAUGGUUUAAUGCUCCCUUUCCCUUCGCAGCUCCUGCGAGCAUUCGUUACAUCCACAACGAUGUCACGGUGCCCGACUUCUCCGACUACCGUCGCCCCGAGGUCUUAGACACCAAUAAAUCCUCCCAGGACAGCAGCGAAACCAGGAAAGUGUUCUCCUACUUUCUCACAGCGACAACCUGCGUGGCCUCUGCGUACGUCGCUAAGAAUGUGGUCACCCAGUUCGUCUCCAGCAUGAGCGCUUCCGCCGACGUGCUGGCCAUGUCCAAGAUCGAGAUCAAGCUGGGCGAUAUUCCAGAGGGCAAGAACAUGGCUUUCAAAUGGCGAGGGAAGCCUCUGUUUGUGCGGCACAGAACCCAAAAAGAGAUAGAUCAAGAAGCCGAAGUCUCUUUGGCUGACUUACGAGAUCCGCAGCAUGAUUUAGACAGAGUAAAGAAGCCUGAAUGGAUUAUCCUGAUAGGGGUGUGCACCCAUCUCGGUUGUGUGCCCAUUGCAAAUGCUGGAGAUUUUGGUGGCUAUUACUGCCCUUGCCACGGGUCCCAUUACGAUGCCUCUGGCAGGAUCCGGAAAGGGCCAGCUCCACUAAACCUUGAGAUCCCCGACUAUGAAUUUCCUUCUGAGGACUUAGUUAUUGUGGGUUGAAUUGGUGGAAGCCUGGCGCCUUCUGGUGUGUAUGUGUGCCAGAGACUGACGUAAUGUAAAAACCGGUUGAAUUGUAAGGUAUUGCAAACUGCCCAAACUCACUGUUAAUUGAUUGUGAGCAUUUGGUCAGUUUUAAUAAAGGAUUAAGCUGUUGUCCUGUAACAUGCUCCUUGUCUGAUUACCGAAGCAGUCU